UUUACUAGCUAGCUAAGUGGAGAAAUUAUAGAAAUGGCAUCUCGCGUUCUCCUCCUUACUCUCCUCGCCCUCGUCCUUUCGCAGGCCAUUGCCUCUGAUCCUAGUCCUUUGCAAGACUUCUGCGUCGCUGAUAAGAACUCUCCGGUGUUUGUAAAUGGACUUGUUUGCAAGAACCCGAACUUCACCACCCCAGAAGAUUUCUUUUUCAAGGGGCUUGACCAACCCGGUAACACGAUGAACAAACUCGGGUUCAAUGUGACUCUAGUCAAUGCGAUGAUGCUUUCUGGACUUAACACGCUCGGCAUUUCCUUAGCCCGAUUGGACUUUGCACCUAAUGGUCUCAACCCACCUCACACUCACCCGCGAGCCACCGAGGUCUUCACGGUGUUGGAAGGCACAUUCUACGUUGGCUUCGUUACGUCCAACCCCGAUAACAAGUUGUUCUCUAAGGUCUUAAAUAAGGGUGACGUGUUCGUGUUCCCGGAAGGUCUUAUUCACUUCCAGUUUAAUGUCGAAAAGACAAAUGGUGUUGGCAUUUCAGGUCUUAGCAGCCAGAACCCUGAUGUAAUCACUAUAGCUAACGCAGUCUUCAAGUCGAACCCUCCCAUCUCAGAUGAUAUUCUCGCCAAGGCAUUUCAGCUAGAUAAGAAGACCGUCGAUUGGCUCCAAACCCAGUUCUAAGUGACCAAGAACAAUUAACAUAUAAUGGAUGAAGGAUCGAGACUUAAUUAAUUUUGUGUGAUUUUAUUUGUCGGUUGAUACUGUUUGUACUACUUCCUCUGAAUAAGCAAGCACUAUGCGUAUGUUUGCAUGUAUUAGUAAUAAAAGGGAAGUAAUUGUUGUCUUAA